ACAGUGUAAAAUAAUUUUAAAAACCGUCGGUAUUCUGGAUUAAAGUAAAGAUGGAAGACAAUAUAGUGAACCACAUACUUUGCCUACACAAGCAGGGGCAGUGGAAGGAGAUCUGCGAUAGUUUCCACAACCACCCGGACCGGAGCAAGGUGUUGUGGGUGUUCCCUAGUGAAGAGAACUUCGCGUUUAUCGCAGACAGUGUCAAGGAGUUGGGGUGUGAUAGGGUGCUCAGUGUGGGGUGUGGGAGUGGGCUGCUGGAGUGGAUGAUCACACAGGCUACAUGUCUCCCCACAUCAGGCAUCGAAGUGGACGGCGCGUGGUGGCGCUGCAAGUACGCGCCGCCAACCUUCAUACCCCUCCUCUUCACCGCCCCUACGUUAGAAAAGGACAUCAUACGACUACUGCACUCUACCACCACAGCGCUGCUCUUCUGUUACUUCAAUAAUAGACCUGCUUUCGAAGAGUAUUUAAAGCAUUUUACGGGAAAAGUGUUAAUAAUUAUAGGGCCGGGGGAUGGGAAGGGCGUGCAUACCGACCCGAGGCCUUUUGGGGAUGUGGGGGAGGAAUGGACGCUGCUCAAAUCUCAGGAGGUUAGGAGCAGUUUUGAUUUUAUUGCGGUUUAUCGCAGGGACCAGCAAUAGUUCGAG